AUGACCACCUCAAACUCCCCAUCCCAACCCCUGAAACAGGCCGCGUACAAUCAAUCCAAGAACCCCGUCACACGCACACCUGCCGGGCAGCGAGUAGCACCUCCGCCACGACAGCGCGGUGACCCCGUACCCUCUAUAAAUCGUCACACAGCCGACUCCCGCCCAUCCGACGAUGAAUCUCUAGCGCAUCUGCAGGAGAAGCGUCAGCGACAGCAGGUGGUCAUGUGGGAUGCCAUAGAUGUCGAUCUAGAGUAUGGUGCCGAACAGCAGCCGGAUGAGGGUGAUAUUGCAGCCGCUGUGAAAGAGAAAGGCCGACGAGCGCAAGCAGGUGCGCAUGCCGGUCCGGUGGGCAGUGCCUUCGGACCCGGGUAUACAGGGGUUGGAGAAAAACGCGAUUUGGCGGCGGAUAUGGGGCGGGAAUGUCAGGAGCAUGAUCGCGUGUUGGGCGAUAGUGUUGGGCAGUCACCCCCGGAGUCAAAUGGGGAGACAGCGGAGGGAACGCUUGAGACGGCGGGAGUUGGGGGAUAA